AUGACAAAAUACUGUAAUAAUAGUAAAGGUGAUGUUGCACUAAGAGCGGAAAUUACUAUUAUUUACAAAAAUAAUGAUAAUAGCAGUAGUGAUAAGAUUAGCCUUGUUUCCAGCCUAGGAGAAACCGUGCUGAGAAAGGAUCGAGGUGCUACACGAUGUGCGUUAAAGCAGUUCGACAACCACGAACAAUCAUUUGCCAUCCACAAACAACCGUUCGCCAUUUUUGGUGAAUCAGUAGACGACGAUGAACCUUACAACGUUGGUUCAGUAAAACGAAGAACGAAUGGGGCAGGACGGGCUAAAACUGAUGAGGGUAUUCUGGAGAAAGUUGGCUAA